AUGGCGUCGCCAGUUGCUUCGGCCGCCCUCAAGGCCCGCGUUCGCCGCCCGACCAUGCUGAACAAGCUCACCCGUCCUCAGGACCUGCUCCAGCACUUCCCCAACGGCGCCUACGUCGGCUGGUCCGGCUUCACCGGCGUCGGCUACCCCAAGAAGAUGCCCACCUUCCUCGCCGACCAUGUCGAGCAGAACAGUCUGCAGGGCAAGAUGAAGUACAGCCUCUUCGUCGGCGCCUCCUCCGGCGCAGAGACCGAGAACCGCUGGGCCGGCCUCGACAUGAUUGACCGCCGCAGCCCCCACCAGGUCGGCAAGGCCAUCUCCAAGGGCAUCAACGAGGGCCGCAUCAACUUCUUCGACAAGCACCUGUCCCAGUUCCCCGUCGACCUCGUCUAUGGCUUCUACACAAAGGACCGCCCCAACAAGGGCAUCGACGUCGCCAUCGUCGAGGCCACCGACAUUAAGGAGGACGGCAGCAUCGUCCCCGGCGCCUCCGUCGGCGCCACCCCCGAGCUCGUCCAGCUCGCCGACAAGAUCAUCAUCGAGGUCAACACCUCCCUCCCCAGCUUCGAGGGCCUCCACGACAUCACCAUGACCGACCUGCCCCCGCGCCGCAAGCCCUAUCUCAUCAUGGGCGUCGAGGACCGCAUCGGCACCACCUCCAUCCCCAUCGACCCCGAGAAGGUCGUCGGCAUCAUCGAGUCCGACUACCAGGACCAGACCUCUCCCAACACCCCCGAGGACGCCAGCUCCCAGGCCAUCGCCCGCCACCUCAUCGAGUUCUUCGAGCACGAGGUCAAGCACGGCCGCCUGCCCAAGAACCUGCUCCCCCUGCAGUCCGGCAUCGGCAACAUCGCCAACGCCGUCAUCGGCGGCCUCAAGGACUCCAACUUCUGGAACCUCAAGGUCUGGACAGAGGUCAUCCAGGACACCUUCCUCGACCUCUUCGACUCGGGUCACCUCGACUUCGCCACCGCUACCUCCGUCCGCUUCUCCCCCGACGGCUUCAAGCGCUUCUACGACAACUGGGAGUCCUACCACGACAAGCUCCUCCUGCGCUCCCAGCAGGUCUCCAACUCCCCCGAGAUCAUCCGCCGCCUCGGCGUCAUCGGCAUGAACACCCCCGUCGAGGUCGACAUCUACGCCCACGCAAACAGCACCUGCGUCAUGGGCUCCCGCAUGCUCAACGGCCUCGGCGGCAGCGCCGACUUCCUCCGCAACGCAAAGUACAGCAUCAUGCACACCCCCUCCACCCGCCCCUCCAAGACGGAUCCCCACGGCGUCUCCUGCAUCGUGCCCAUGUGCACCCACAUCGACCAGACCGAGCACGAUCUCGACGUCAUCGUCACCGAGCAGGGCCUCGCCGACGUCCGCGGCCUCAGCCCCCGCGAGCGCGCCCGCCUCAUCAUCAAGAAGUGCGCCCACCCCGUCUACCAGCCCAUCCUGCAGAGCUACUUCGACAAGGCCGAGUUCGAGUGCCUGCGCAAGGGCAUGGGCCACGAGCCCCACCUGCUCUUCAACUCGUUCGACCUCCACCGCGCCCUGGUCGAGGAGGGCAGCAUGCAGAAGGUCAAGAGCUUCUAG